CUGAAGUGCUGCACCCGGACCCGAUCUGAAGCUUGCCCGUGGUGGCGACUUUGGCGAUUUGCCGGCGACUGACGUGAUGCCGUUCUACUGUAAUUCCCUUCUAGUUUGUUCUCAAUCUGCCUUGUUUGCUUGAUUCCUCCCGGAUCCCUUCCCCUUUUCAUCCUUCCAGCUUCAAAAUCCCCAAAUCAAGGUUCACAGAAACAAGGCAGAUUGAGAAGGAAAUAGAAGGGAAUUGCCGUCGGCGAUCUUGCUGCUCCACCACCGAUUUGCCUGCAUCCUCUUCGUCCCUCACCACAAGCUUCCUCUCCGACUGAGACGUACCCCUCGCCCACCUUCUCCCGCUGUGACGGUGAAGCCAGCCUCUCAUUGUUUUCGUUGUUCCCCGGCUUACCAGCAAGAAAAAAAAAUUCGCUGGACUCGCCCGCCCCACUGGUUACCACCACGACGACGCCUUGGAUUGCUGCUCGAUUUCCACUUGUCUCGCCGAGUCCAGCGUUUCCCUCGCUGACCUCCUCCUACAGGGCGCCGAUCCACUAGCGAAGCAUUCCCAAAUUCAGAAGCCAAACACUCACUGGCUUCCCCACAAAUCAAAAGGAGCGCAUAUAGUCCACAAAGGCGCAGGAAGAAGCAACAUACGCUAUGAAGGCCCUCGGAUGGAUCAACUCCGCAAAAGCACAGGUAACCUUCAUCUCCGAAAUUAAAUCUUCCAAAGUUAAAUCUGUUGAUCUUGUUACUAGGUUUAACAUGUCUGAUAGUAUUGUCGUCCCUUCUCGACGACGCUCGGGUGGUCUGUGGCUAAUGUGGACUGCUGAUCUUCAAGUCUCUGUGCAUACCGCUAAUUUCCAUGUUAUCUUAGCUACGGUGGUUAAUAGUACUAGUAAUAAGCAGUUUGGUCUUGUGUGUAUUUAUGGUGAUCCCUAUCAUCAAGAGACUAACCAUAUCUGGGAACAGGUUGCCGCUUUUGUUUAUGAUAACUCCAAUUUGCCUUUGCUUUGUAUUGGGGAUAUGAAUGAAUUGUUAUAUGAUAUGGAUAAAAGUUCCGCGAAUGUUGAUCGCUUUCGUAUGAAUGCUUUUCGUGCUUUAGUGAAACAAUGUGGUUUGUUUGAUCUUGCUUUUAGUGGCCCUGCCUACACCUGGACUAACAGGCGCUUUUCCUCCAAUCCUAUCUAUGAAAGGCUUGAUCGUUGUUUAGUUAAUGCAGAGUGGUGUGAUGCUUAUCCUAUUUCAAAUGUUUAUAACUUGCCUCUUAUUCAUACCCUUAGUGAUCAUGCGCCUAUUUUACUUUCUACUGAUGGGCCUGUUCGAAAAAUUAAGCAUUCUUUCAAAUUUGAAAAUUGGUGGAUAAAGGAAGAGGAUUUUAAGUCUUAUGCAAAAACUGCUUGGUUAUCCUCUACAAAUAUAUCUUUCUCGGCCAGAACUAACCAACUUGCAGGUGUCCUAAAGAUUUGGUGUAAAAAGAAAAAACCCUUGCAACAGGAGCUUAACAAUAUAGAAGAAGAGCUCAAACAAAUUCAGAUGAAACCAUUGCAGGAACAAGACCAUCAAUUGGAAGCAACUCUGUCAACCAGGUAUGAGCAAACUAUGACGAAACUAACAGAUUCAUAUAUGCAGAGAGCAAAAAAGCAGUGGGCCAAAAGUGGAGAUAGAAAUACUUCUUUCUUCCACCAUGCUAUUGUUAAACGCAGGCGAAGAAAUACUAUAGUUUCUGUCAAAGAUGAAAAUGAUGUUGUGCAAUUCAUGCCAAAUCAGAUCAGCAAUACUUUUGUAAGCUAUUUUAGAUCUAUUUUUGCCGCUUCAAAUCCUAUCAAUGGCAGGCCCUUCCUCGGAACCCAACCUCCUCAAAACAAUCAGGAUUAUUACACCUACACUAUUCCAGAUAAUCAGGAAAUUUGGGAAACUCUAAAGGAUAUGAAAAGAAAUGCGUCGCCUGGACCGGAUGGAUUCAAUGUGGAGUUUUACGUAGCAACCUGGGCUUGGAUUGGACAAGAUGUUGUCCAGCUGGUAAGAAACUUCUUCCAAACAGGUAUUAUGCCAGCUCAUAUAAAUGACACUCACAUUGCUUUGAUUCCAAAGAAACUUGUUCCUUUAGUUCCUGCAGAUUAUAGACCUAUUAGUCUGUGUAAUGUCAUUUAUAAAAUUAUUGUGAAAUGCCUAGCAAAAAGACUCAAGCCACACUUGCCAGAGGGUAGACGUAUUAGCAACAAUAUUAUUAUUGCCCAAGAAAUUACUCACUCUUUUGCUCUCAGCUCCUGGAAGAACCAAGCUUUCAUGCUUAAAAUAGACCUUGCAAAAGCUUUUGAUCGGCUUGAAUGGAGUUUCAUUGUCGCGGCCCUUUCUCGUAAAGGGUUGCACGAGCAUUUCAUUUAUUUGGUUCAUGCUUGUAUUUCCUCGCCAACUUUUUCCGUCCUCAUAAAUGGACAACCGUUUGCGAGUUUCCGAGGCAACAGGGGUAUUAGACAAGGAUGCCCUCUGUCUCCUUAUUUGUUUGUUCUCGCGACUAAUGAACUUUCCAUUGCUCUUCAAGAAGCUAUGACAGCUAACUCGCUUGCAGGAAUAACUUUAGGGCCAAAUUGCCCUCGGAUCCACUCUCUUCUUUUUGCAGAUGAUUACUGGUUUGUGGACAGGCAACAGAGCAAGAGGCAACUCAGAUGAAUGCUAUUCUUCAAACCUUCUGUUCCAGAGACUGCAGGAAAUAGGUGAACCGGCUCCAAGGCAAGUACAUCCGGUAACUAUUCAGCUUCUCCAACAAAUAUGGCGAAACAAGCAAAUGACCCCGAGAGUGCAAACAUUCGGAUGGAGAUUUCUAAGACGAGCAAUGCCGACAGGAGCCAGAGCAGGUAAGUACUCUACUCAUAUAAGCACUUUAUGUUCUAGGUGUGGUUUAGAAGAAACAGAUAUACAUCUCUUUUUUACUUUUCACUUUACACGUGUGGCCUGGUUUACUUAUCCCUGGUUCAUUAGAUCAGAGCUACUUGUGAACAACUGCAACUCUCUUUCCCAGAUUUUGACCAAGUUUAUGACCAUUAAUCACCCUCAUGCCUCUUUGGAAAAUAUUCUGACUUUUAUGUGGUGUCUUUGGAAAUCUAGAAACGACAACUUAUUCUGUAGAAAACCAGGGGCUCCUCAUCAGGUGUUCCAAGCGGCAAGGGCUAUUCAACUAAACAUGGAGAUGCAAGAUCCUAGUGUUGUUUUUUCAUUGCAGAUUCAAUCCAACGCAAGCAGGGAGCAUGCAGCCAAGCAGAAUACCGAUACGGCUUAUUUUUUCCCACCUCAGGGAUCAACAAUCUCUACUGAUCUUCACAUUUCAGGAGUCAAAAUUUUCUCGGAUGCCUCAUGGAAAGCUACAAGUAUUCCUGGAAGAUAUGGUUCGCAGGCUAUUGGUAUUGGACUCUAUAUUCAGAUUCAAAGCAACCAGACCAAAUGUGACGUUAUGAUCCAGGCUUCGACUGAGCAGACGUCCACACCACUUAAAGCUGAGGCGGCGGCUCUUCUUUUCGCAGUGAAGGUGGCUAGAUUACUCAAACUACAGGAAGUUACCUUCUUGAAAGAUAAUCUCUCUCUUGCAAAAGCUGCAGCAACAUGCUCCAUUUCGGCGCAUCAAGUUCCGUGGGAACUCAGAGAAGUUCUUGCCUCCUUUUUUCAAGCAUCUGCUCAUCUGCAGGCAUCAAUAUAUCAUGUCAAACGAGACCUCAAUGGUGUGCUAUCAAUAUAUCAUGCCAAACGAGACCUCAAUGGUGUAGCACACAUACAAGGCUCUCGAAGCAAAGUCUGA